UACCGUGACGUUGAUUCUCACACGUGACAACGGGGGGGGGCGGCGGAAGUGUCAUUGACAGUCUUGAUUGUUUUGUUCUCAUUCCUAAACCUCAUCGGAUAAACAUAAUCAUAACGGCGUGAAUAACAUGACCACCAUAUCACCAUUUGUGAAUGAUCAGCCGGUACUGCAUCGGCGGGAGUUUGAGGAGCUAGAUAGUCGAAGAAGGUGUCAAUCUCAUCAUCCAUCCAACACACCAAGGCAAACAUUCCAGGAUGACCCUAGAGUCAGACCACCUGGACCUAGAUGGCAAGGCCCUCCCGGUGACCCUGGGACUUGGUGGUCACGCCCCUCUGGUGACCCUGGAACCAGGCCCCGCCCCACCGCUGACCCCAGAGCCAGGCUACGCCCCUCCGGUGACCCAAGGCCCAGACCACGCCCAGCCGGUGACCCCAUGGCCAGGUGGCCCCUCAUUGACGAUCCCACGACAAGACCUCAGGUGGAUGACUGCGAGCGGAUGGGGACCCUUUUCGGGCAGCUAAACAAGUGCCUGCGCAGCGCGGGCUUCACCCAGAUGUACUUUGGGGAGAAGGUUGUGGAUCCUGUGAUCAUCAUCUUUUUCUGGGUCCUACUGUGGUUCCUGGGCAUCCAAGCUCUUGGGCUGGUGGGGACUCUGUGCAUUGUCAUCAUCUUCAUCCAGAAGUAACUCGAUCUCCAGCCUGUUUGAUUGGCAGUUGGGAGCUCCUGUGUCUACAAAUAAAAAGGACUUGAACUCUAAAUGAAAGGACUUGAACUCCCUCGCUGUCUGUUCUGUUUGCAUUAAAAGGGCAAUCAGCAGUUACUUCUUACUUUUUUGGACUUGUAUAUUAAUGAUAUGUACCCAUUGAUUCUUGAAGAAUAUUAUGCCUCAUGAGCUUAGUUUAACUGUGGUACCCCAUCAGAACUCAAAAUAUAAGCUUGUUUUACCCUAAUGUUUGUAAACAAACACUGUAUAGCAUAGAAAAACCUGGUUAAAACUAUAAUUUGAAUAUCAUGGAUGGCCAGUCCUUGCAUCCCUAGCUCUGUCUUUGAAUUUGAGAAUGGUUAAAUUUCUCCAGCCCCAUAUCGCCACUUUAUGCUGAAACAGAGGUGGGGAGCAUGCUUUAUUUUUCAGCUGCUGAUUGACACUUUAAAGCUUCCUAGACUCAGUGAGCAUUUGUCAAUACUCAUCUUCUUAGUGGCCAACUACACUUUAUCUGGAGUGAACAUUUAGAGUUCUGGCAGGUGAAAUGGAGGCCUCUUACUACAGAUCUCCUGGUUUCCAGCUUUUAAAACUCAAAAUCAGACCACUUUGCUCACUAGCUGCGCCCCAAUACUCAAAAGCAAUGUCUCAUUAUCUCCUUACAUGUGUGAGUAUUGAAUUGAAAGAACUGGAUCAGUGAAAGCAAUAUGUCUAAUAGCUUAACUAGUUUUGUAUCGCAUAGUUUAACUGGUAAAUGUCAUUUUCAAGUGUUAUGAAGUUUUUGAUCAUGAGGGAAAGCAAUCAGAACUAUUUGGAUGCAGCCAUUGCUUCAAGUAAACUGAGCAGUUAAAUAUGCAAUCUGUAAGCCUCCCGUGUGGCGCAGCGCCAGCUGUGCCUUCAGAGACUCUGGAUUCGCGCCCAGGCUCUGUCGUAACCGGCCGCAACCGGGAGGUCCGUGGGGCGACGCACAAUUGGCCUAGCGUCGUCCGGGUUAGGGAGGGCUUGGCCGGUAGGGAUGUCCUUGUCUCAUCGCGCACCAACGACUCCUGUUGUGGGCCGGGCGCAGUGCGCACUAACCAAGGAUGCCAGGUGCACGGUGUCCUCCGACACAUUGGUGCGGCUGGCUUCCGGGUUGGAUGCGCGCUGUGUUAAGAAGCAGUGCGGCUUGGUUGGGUUGUGUAUCGGAGGACGCAUGACUUUCAACCGUUGUCUCUCCCGAGCCCGUACGGGAGUUGUAGCGAUGAGACAAGAUAGUAGCUACUAAAAACAAUUGGAUACCACGAAAUUGGGGAGAAAAAGGGGUAAAAAAAAUAAAAAUUAAUAUGCAAUCUGUAAAAUGAUAUCUAUUGUGUACAUGGAAUUAUAUUAGAACCUGUAGCCUAAAUCAAGGAGCGGCCCGUCAUAUUCCAAGGUGCAUUCCAUGAGAUUUGCACAUACAAGUAGCACUGUAUUUCUAUGAUACAAUUUGUAGUGGUCAAGGAAUGACAUUCCAUGAGAGCAACAUUACUUUGCUUCACAUUUUACAUUAUAUGCGAUUUUGUUAAACAAUAGGAUUAAGUAAAAUAUCCUUCAUUUUGGGGUUAUCAAGAGGUCUGUUUCUGCUGCAUUAGUUUUAAUGACCAUCAGGCCAUAUGACAGAUUGCUUUUUUUAAGGCAAGUUGGGAGCAACAUUCUAACACCUGCAUGCCUACAAGGACCUGGAAUGCAUAUCACUGACUGGUUUAUUAGGUUCUAUAGUAACGUGAGUUGUCCCCCUACUUUGAAAAUGCAUUCAAACAUAUACCUUUGAUAUGCAUGUACUUCAAAGUAAUGUGUGGUUGCUGUGAAGGAGAAAAGUGUGCUCAUGACUAGCAUGGAUGUUUAACUUUUGCACAUUUGUAAAUGGGAAUGGUAGAGAGAGUUAUAUUAUAUCAAGCCUAUCCUUUUGAAUGAAAAUGGUACAUAAAUUGUCAGGAAUCCUACUAUUUUUAAAGUUGCAUGCAAUAUGUUAAAGUUGCAUGCAAUAUGUAACUUGAAAGCAAGUCUAAGAAGCGGUAGAUCUGUUCUGUGCUCUAUUUCUAUGCUUCCCGUUACUUUCGGUUUUGUUCACCAGCUGAAAAUACAAUAUUUUUUAGAUGGACAAAUUAUUUUCUACACUAUACAUUGCUUGUUUUGUCACAAACUGAAAUUGGGCGAACUAUUAGAAUUUUUGUAAUCAGGAAAUGAUGACGUGAUUUAUGCAUGUUGCACCUUCAGUGGACGUGUCAAAAUACCCAUAAAACCUACCGGUCAAACAGGGAAAUGUUCCAAUCGUGUUUCUUCCAUUCAUUUUUCCCAUAGGGGAUUUUAUGAAACACUUCAAAUAAGGGCUGUGUUUCGUGUAGGCCAUUUUGAUAACCAUGUAAAUCUCUCUCGUACAAGGUGACUUUUAUCAAUAUAUAUAUUCGGCUCUGUUUCCUCUCAUAUUUUUUGAAAAUGCUAAUUAGCAUCAAAGGAGACAUCAUGCAAAACUACAAAUCCCUUCAAGCUCCUGAAUCUUCUCUAGCUGACAACUUUGCUAACAGGUAUUGUGUCAAUUUAAAACGCGCACUAGACGGUUCAAAGAAUUGUCCAUUUAAAGAAAUGUAGCCAAUUUAUUCAUUACUACAUUUAGCUAAAAUUAGAUAGUUAAUCCAGAGAUUCUUACCUUUGCCUUGAUUUGGAAUUCUCGUCCAGAUAAUCAUGACAUUUGUAGUUCUUUAUGAAAGCCACAUUAGCAGCUAAUUAGUGUUUCAUUUUGGGGGUAAAUGCAGGCUAAUAGAUUGAUAAAAGUCACCUUGUCCUAGAGAGAUUUACACAGUUAUCAAAACGUCACACCAUGGUAAGUCUACACAAACAUUAUUUGAAGUGUUUCUAAAAUCCCCUAUGGGAAAAAUAAAUGGUUGAAAAACAAUUGAAACCAUUUCCCUGUUUGACCGCUAGGUUUCAUGGGUAUUAUGACUCGUACUGUGGUACUCUAUUGAGAGUAUGUCAUUCUGAAAAUUACUCCAAAUGUAAUCGGAAGGUAGUGCUGUAAGGCGAACAAGCACUUAUCCUUGUGGUUCUUUGUUGUCAAUUAAUGUAGGAAAGGCUAUAUCAAAUUGCAAUGUUGAGAUUGACUAGGCCUAAAUAUAUCACUGCUUUUGUGAGAGAUACUGCUACUAUCAUACUGUUUGAAGAUUAUGAUGAUGAUGACUUUCCGUCAUGGGUGUCCAAAUAUUCAAUAUUACAGACAUCAGAAUGUAUGAUAGACCACCUACUUAUACUACUGUAAGCCAGAGGACUGCAAAGCAUGCCCAGUGUUCACUGCUUGAGAAUAGUUGUUUAACUUGUGGAGUACUACAUACACAUCACAUACACUCCGAGGAAAAUAUUCAGCAGCACUAUUGGUUGAGUGCAAGAGCCAGGGAUGUAGCCUAGUAAACACUGAUAAAUUAACAUUGUCCAUAAGUGCUGAUCUAAAGUAGUUUUUGCUACAUAAGGUUUUAGGUUAGGUUAGGAUUGGAUUAAUCGACUUCAGAAAAAAACUGUCAUAUUAUAAGCUUGUGUGGCCAACUAAAAUACCCGUAGUCUUUGUGGAAUGCUUUUUGGUGUUUGGCAUGUUCCAAGUUGAUAUGCAAGAUUUUUUAAAAGUGGAAUGUCUAUUAAUAUCUACAAAGUAGGCUUUUAAGAGUGAUCGAGCACAAAGCAAAACAUAUGUGGAUCUGCAGAGUGAAUUGAAAGGGAAUUUGUUGGAUUGAAUUGAUAUAUCAUAUUCACUAUAGGUAUGUCUGUGAUCAGUUUGGUAAACAUAGAUCCCGCAUUCCUUUAACAAUGAGAAUAUACAGUAAUUUGUGUGUUAUAAGAAUGUUGAAAUUUGGGUAAAUUACUUGAUGAUUUAAAAGCUG